AAACUACAGCCACUUUUGUCACGGAAUCGAAACAAAGUUAAUUUAUACGUGACCGAACCCUUCCCUAGGUGCUAAAAUAACAGCAAAACGCAUCGUUUAAAGGGCCAAGUUCGUUUAGUUGUUCUGUUUCUUCUUCUAUCCAAGUGCGUUUCUCCACCCAAAAAAAAAAAAAAAUCCUUGGCCUUCUACACCCGAUGCUCAACAACACUAACAACACCAUAACUAUCAGACCCUCACAAGAUUGACAGUUAUACACGCCACUUUGAUUCUGAUCCUCUUCCUUUCGAAUAAUCAACGAAACCUAAAUUGACUGAUCUCGGGGAAUCUGGAUUCAAUCCCGUCUCCGCCGAAUCCAAACGAACCUGAGCGUUUCAGCAACUCACUAAAACCGCCGCCGUUUUCUUGGACACUUAGACGCCAGGGUCUGAUGGCUCUUAGGAAAAUUACUCCGAAAGCCGAUUCAGUCUCUCCCCCGAUGAAACCUUUGAGUUUGUCUAAAAAAUUGCCAGGGAAUGUGCAGAUGGCAGACCCAGAUAUUAUUGCUCAAAAUGUUGUACCUAACAUCGAUUUGGACAUGCGGGAAGUUUACUUUUUGAUGCUCCACUUACUUUCCUCUGGGCCAUGCCAGAGAACUUAUGCACUGUUGCGACAUGAACUUCUUGAGCAUGAGCUUCUUCCUAGAAGAUAUCAUGCUUGGUACUCGAGGAGUGGGUUGCCUAGUGGGGAUGAGAAUGACGAUGGAGAUUCCUUUCCUUUAAACUAUGCUGAGUUGGUCAAGAGGUAUUCUCACGUAAAAAAAGAUCACUUGGUGGAGCUCCUGAAGCAAUUAGUCUUUGUUUCAAGUAGGCCUACUCCCUCACGCGGUCUCGGUGAUGGAAAUGGAAACAAACUGAUUGCAGCUGGUGUCCCAACACUUUUAGGGACUGGCUCGUUCUCCCUUUUGAGCUAUGACAAGGACAUAGUUGGAAGUGAUCUCAAACCACCACCUAUUAGCAUGCGUUGGCCUCAUAUGCGUGCUGAUCAGGUGCGUGGUUUAAGUUUGAGGGAAAUUGGUGGUGGUUUUGCCAGACAUCAUCGAGCCCCAUCGAUUCGUGCAGCAUGUUAUGUCAUUGCAAAACCAUCUACAAUGGUACAAAAGAUGCAGAACAUCAAGAGGGUACGUGGACACAGAAAUGCUGUGUACUGUGCUAUAUUUGAUCGCUCAGGAAGGUAUGUAAUCACUGGUUCAGAUGAUCGCCUUGUAAAAGUAUGGUCAAUGGAGACUGCAUACUGCCUGACCAGCUGUCGAGGGCAUGAAGGUGACAUAACUGAUCUUGCUGUGAGUUCAAACAACACUUUCAUAGCAUCCGCAUCAAAUGAUUGUGUAAUCCGCGUUUGGCGAUUGCCAGAUGGCUUACCAGUUUCGGUACUUCGUGGACAUACUGGAGCUGUUACUGCUAUUGCAUUUAGUCCCAGACCUGGAUCCCCGUACCAGCUUCUUUCAUCGUCAGAUGAUGGUACAUGUAGAAUAUGGGAUGCUCGGGGUGCUCAAUUUGCUCCGCGAAUAUAUCUCCCUAGGCCUCCUAGUCCUGAUGGAAAGAACAAUGUCCCUUCUUCUAGUAAUGCUCAGCAGAGUCACCAAAUCUUUUGCUGCGCAUUCAAUGCCAAUGGAUCUGUAUUUGUCACUGGCAGCUCUGACACUCUUGCUAGAGUAUACUCGGUUUGGAGUGCUAACAAGAUCAAUAAUGAUGAUCUGGAUCAGCCAAAUCAUGAGAUGGAUGUUCUGGCUGGACAUGAGAAUGAUGUUAAUUACGUUCAGUUCAGUGGUUGUGCUGCAGGAUAUAAAUUUGCCGUAACUGACUACUCAAAAGACGAUAGUGUUCCAAAAUUUAAGAAUUCCUGGUUCUGUCAUGAUAACAUAGUUACAUGCUCUCGUGAUGGUAGUGCAAUCAUUUGGAUCCCAAGAUCACGGAGAUCACAUGGGAAAAGCUGCCGAUGGACACGAGCAUAUCAUCUCAAGGUUCCACCUCCGCCCAUGCCUCCUCAACCUCCUAGAGGCGGGCCACGUCAAAGGAUCCUGCCUACUCCUCGUGGGGUUAACAUGAUUGCUUGGAGUCUGGAUAAUCGUUUUGUCCUUGCGGCUAUCAUGGAUUGUAGGAUAUGCGUGUGGAAUGCCUCUGAUGGUAGCUUGGUACAUUCUUUGACUGGCCAUACAGCAUCUACAUAUGUUAUGGACGUCCAUCCUUUUAAUCCUCGGAUAGCUAUGAGUGCUGGCUAUGAUGGACAAACAAUAGUGUGGGAUAUAUGGGAAGGCAUACCUAUCGAAACAUACAAGAUUUCAUACUUCAAGUUGGUCGAUGGGAAGUUUUCACCGGAUGGAACGUCAAUUAUACUUUCAGAUGAUGUGGGCCAACUCUACGUAUUAAGCACAGGCCAAGGGGAUUCUCAAAAGGACGCUAAAUACGAUCAGUUCUUCUUGGGGGAUUAUCGGCCAUUAAUUCAUGACCUAUAUGGUAAUGUCCUUGACCAGGAAUCUCAGCUUCCGCCUUAUCGCCGAAAUAUGGAGGAUCCUCUUUGUGAUUCAGCGAUGAUUCCAUAUGAAGAGCCAUAUCAGACAAUGUUUCAGAAACGGCGACUUGGCGCCUUAGGCAAAGAAUGGCGACCAUCUGCUUUAAAGCUGGCUGUAGGGCCAGAUAUCACUUUGGAUCAAGAUUACCAAAUGCCACCUCUGGCAGAUCUAGACUUAGCUGAACCGUUGCCAGAAUUUGUAGAUGUAAUGGAGUGGGAACCAGAAGUCGAUAUCUUGAGCGAUGAAAAUGACUCCGAAUACAAUGUGCCAGAAGAGUAUUCGUCUGAAAAAGAGCAAGAAUGUUUAAACUCUUCAACCUCUGGUGAGUCAGGUUCCAGUUCAAGUGAAAGCGAUGAGGACGGUGAUAAUCAGAAUAGCCUUAGAAGAUCCAAAAGAAAAAGACAUAAGACAGGAGCUGGGAUCAUGACUUCUUCGGGUAGGCGUGUUAAAAAGAAAAACGUUGAUGAGCUUGAAGGAGCUACAAACAAGAACAAACGUAGCAGGAAAUCUGGGAAUGGUCGUAAAGAAUCGAAGAGAAAAUCAUCAAAAUCUAAAUCGUCCAGACCUAGGCGAGCAGCUGCUCAAAAUGCCCUCUCUUGGUUUUCUAAGAUUACUGGUAGAUCUAAAGAUGCAGAAGAAGAAGAGGAUGUCUCUGAAUUGAGUGGGUCAUCAGAAAGUGAAUCGACAACACAGGACUCAGGCACUGGGGAUAGUGAACUUGAUGUAGCUUUGUUAAAUGGGCAUGGCAAGCAAUCAAAAGGGAAAAACAUUCUCGUAUGUGAUUCAGACGAUGGGGCUCAAGAGUGUGAUAUUAGGGAAACUCAUCCUGCUGAACGGAAGAGAUUGGUUGUCAGGUUUCCUGUUAAGAACUCAGAUAAGCUUACCUUGCUGGAGAACCUACCUGGAACAUCUUCUCAUGUUCCAACUCCAACUUUAGGGAAUGGCUGUGCCGAAGACUCAAGCGUUCCUGAGAACCUUGGACACACUAACCAAUUUAAUGGGUUAGAUGCAAGUGAAGUCAAAUGGGGAAUGGUUAAGGCUCGUACAUCAAAGCGAAUGAGAGGUGAAGCAAAAUCAUCGCAUGGACUUAUGGGCUCUGAGCCAGAGGGAAAAGAAAAAAAUGUUAACGAAGAUGAAAAUCACCAUGAUAAUGGUGUUACAGCACCUAGUUGUUUGGAAUUACGAACAGAUACAGAUGGCGUAGCAGUUGACGCCCACUUGGCGAUUUCUAAUGGUUUGCCAAACGGUGAUGAACGAUGCCUAAUAGUGGAUGGGUCGCCAAGUCGAAUGGCUGAUGACGGUGCUUCUAAAUGUUCUCAGGAUGUAACCGGUCCCCUGCAUGAUCUGAAAGAUAGCCUUCCACCUCUCUCUAGGACGUUGAGGAUACGCUCCAAGAGGGCUUCAAGGGCUCCUGAUACAUCUUUGAAGCAAGAAGUAAAAUCUUCAUCAAUGAAUGAGGAAAAUGGUGGCUCUGUCGCAUUAAAUGAUGGUUCUGCAGACACUAGAUGUGAUUUGGCAUUGGAAUCUCAAAAUGAUGGUGUGGUUGGAACAGAGCAGUCUCUGAGAAAUGAUUCAGCGCAUGAAUCAAAUCCGCCGAUCAGUGACCCUGUCUCUAUUGCUAAUGAUGUUCAUGUGUCACAUCCUAAACGGAUGUUUGAUUUUGUCUAUAGACGACUGAAGUCACGAAAGCAUAAGAAUAACUCAGACGGGGGUGCUACUCUUAGUCAAGAAAUAAGUCUAGGUUCUUGUAGUCAGGAUCAGAGUAGUGGCGCUAAUUCCCAUGAAGUUGUCGCUAAUGGGUUCCGUGUGACGGAGUCGAAUGGAUUGGAGAAGUCGGAAGGCAGUUUGACAGACAGCCGAGAUAAACUAAGUAAUUCACGCGGAAACCAAAACUCUCAAGAAGAAGAGAGAUCAACUUCUGGGGCAACACUUCGGUUGAGAUCAACAAGGAAUAGAAGGUCUACUUAUCCUUUUAGUGAAACUAAACCUGCUGAAGCAAAGAAGCCUCAGCAGUCAACAGAAAAGGUAUCCUGGUUGACAUUGUUAACACAUGAAGAGGGUUCUCGUUAUAUCCCACAAAAGGGGGAUGAAGUUGCGUAUUUGCGACAGGGGCAUCAAGAAUACUUAAACUUUAGCUCUCCGAGGGAAGUGGCUCCUUGGACUUCAAUAAAGGGGGGGAAUAUGAAAGCGGUGGAAAUUUGUAAAGUGGAAAGUCUUGAAUACGCAACACUUGCUGGUUCUGGGGAUAGCUGCUGCAAAAUGAUACUUAAAGUCAUCGAUCCAAACUCUGAAGUGUUCAACAAAACUUUCAAACUUACAUUGCCUGAUGUGGUGACAUUUCCAGAUUUUCUAGUGGAAAGAAGUCGGUAUGAAGCAGCAAUACAGAGGAACUGGACUUUCAGGGAUAAGUGUAAGGUUUGGUGGAGAGACGAAGGCGAAGAAGAUGGUAGUUGGUGGGAAGGACGGAUCCUAGCUGUGAAAGCCAAAUCACCUGAUUUUCCUGAUAGUCCGUGGGAGAGGUACACAGUUAAAUACAAGAGUGAUCCGACUGAGACGCAUCUUCACAGUCCCUGGGAGCUUUUUGAUGCUGAUACCAAGUGGGAGCAACCUCACAUUGAUGAUGAUGAACGAAAGCGUCUUCUCUUGGCCUUAACAAAGUUAGAGACUUCAAAUAAAAGAACCAAGGAUUCUUAUGGCCUUCAAAAACUGAACCAGACCGUGGGAAGCUCCAGCUACACCAACAUGUUCCCAGUUCCUUUGUCUCUUGAAGUAAUCAGAUCAAGGCUUGAGAACAACUACUACCGGAGUGUGGAAGCAUUAAGACACGACGUAGCAGUUAUGUUGUCCAAUGCAGAAACUUUCUUUGGUCGAAAUAAAAGCGUAGCGGCGAAAAUUUCACAUCUCUCUAAAUGGUUCGACCGCACGCUACCCUCGUAGCAGUAGUGCCCUAUGUAGAUAAAAUCUCUUUUUUUCCUUUCUUUCUCGUGUUCCCAAAUUUUUAAUUAGAGUUUCAGCAAUUUUUUAUCUCAAAAAACUCUCAUUCUAAUGAAUGAAGAGAAUAUUAGGAGUUUUUUCUAUGUUUUUCUUAGGGAAUUUUAGGUUUAGGGUUAGUUGAAAAGAAUCUUUUUCCUUGUAAGUAAAGAAAUAUUGGAGAGGUCAAAAACAUUUGAUGCUUUGGAGAACAGAGAACCACCAUCUUCCGUUGAAUGAUCCAACCCAAUUUCAGUA